AUUAGAUAUUUUCAUCUUGACACAUGGCGGGAACAUUUUUCUAUGACAAAAAACUGAGAACCAGUACUAAGCCAAAAAUAAUUUGAGAGGAUGGAAAAUGGGUAACAAAGAGUCAAGCAAUUCCAGAUCAAGUGAUGAAUCUGAUGAGUCAGUGGAUGUCCCUGAUGAGACAAUUACUAUUCAAGGUCAGAGGUAUGUCCCUGGAGGAAGUAUGUCAAAUCAAAGUCCUGUGACAAGUAGAAAUGAAAGUGAGGCUGAUGAUGAUUACAUAUCUGUACCUCCUCCUUAUAUACCUGAUGAGUUGAUGCCGUUGACGAAUGAGUUUGAAGACGACAAUUUACCUGUUUCACCUGAAAGUGAGGUGGAUAUACCUGUCUUUGAUGAAGAUGAUAUUCAUUCCCCCCAAAUUACUGAAUUCCCUCUGAAUACUAAUCAGAAUGGACUAGAAUUACCGGUGAAUGACAACGAAAAUACUUCUGUUUCUAGCAGUUCAAAAUCAUCUGACAAGGAAUCGUCUGUUAAUACUAGUAGUAGCCAAUCAACACCUGAACAGGAAGAAUUACCUGUGUAUAGCAAACCAAGAGCACAUGUGCAUAGAAAUAAGACUCCUGAUAAUGUGGCAGUGUAUAUAGAUAAAGAUGAUCAUGUGACACCUGUUGUAGAUGAUCAUGUGACACCUGAUAAUGGGGAGAACACAUCAAGUAAUGCACCUGAUAACAAGAUACCAGAUAAGAGUGGUACCAAAAGUAGAAUUACUAGAAGCAAUAGCGUCAUAAGUAGUAAAUCAGAAAACUCAGAAUUACAGUCACACACAUUGUCACCACUUGCCUAUCAGAGGUUGAGAAACUGCUUGUUAAAUUUACCGUUAGAAGAUGGACAAGAAAUUAAAGACAAAGCUGUAGAAAGAGUUGCCUCUCACGUCUUAGUUCAAGACUAUGAUCCUAAAAUUGACAUUAUAAUGAAAGGUGAUGAAGCCAAAGGGAUUUUUGUUAUCGUAGAUGGCAGUGUGAAUGUUUUGUCGGAGAACGGUACUGAUGUUCUGGCUACAUUACAUGAGGGAGAUUUUUUCGGUGAAAUUUCUGUUCUGUUUGAUUGUCCUUGUACAGCAAGAGUACAGACUACAACUAAAUGUCAGUUUGCCAUAAUGGAAGUGAAUGAUGCUAGACGUCUGCUACACAAAAUUGAUGUUGAUCUGAUUGAUUAUUUUGUAUCUAAGAGAUAUCUACCCACCAGUGAUCACAUGGAUGUAAACAGGACACAACGUAGACUUGUACUUUCUUGCUUAAAACAGCUACCUAUAUUUGAAAAGUGGUCUGAGGAAGCUGUGAAAGAACUGGUAAUGCAAAUUAAACCUGCUCUAAUCAUCUUGUAUCAGGCCAAUACUUUGGUUAUCUGUGAACAAGAUCCACCAGUUGCAUUGUAUGUCAUCAUCAGGGGGAGAGCUGUGAUAAAGAAAGAAGCAGAUGUUAUCUUAGAAAUAGAUGCAGACAAACAUCCAGCAGUUAUUGGAGAAGAAGGUAUGCACUUAGGAUGUAAUAGUGCUGUGACCAUCCAGACUUCAACCUGCUGUCAAAUCAUAAUUAUCAAAGAGGAAUGCAUAGACAAUGUUCUAAAUAAGAUCAUUUCAGGUUGUGCAGAAAUAUGGAAAGGUAGAGAAUUAAAGUGGAGGGCAUUGGUCAACAAAAAUGAUGUUUUAUAUAAGACUUUUCCUCAUCUGUUGCAAUUCGAGGUUCUUUUCCAUUUUUUGAAAAACCAUAGAAUAUUUGCCGGGUGCUCACCAAGAUGUGUUCAAUAUUUAGCUCUGCAUGGUAUACCUCACCAGUUUAACACAGGAGAUACUGUAUGUACUCAAGAGGAAUAUGAUGACAACAUGGUUAUUUUGGUUGUGAAAGGAGAAAUUGAACUUUUGACAAAUCCUGAAAUAAGAUAUGCCUACACAAUCAAUACUGGUGAUGUUUUCUAUCACUGUGAUUGGAUGGGAAGUAAGGGAGAAGUUAUUGCAAGAAGUGAUUGUCUGGUGCUGAAAAUAGACCAUAUAGAGAUUACUGCAGCAUUAGAACGGAAUAAAGACUCCCAUUUGAUGUUGCCGUCUGAACCAGUGUGAAUGGCAAAUAAUGUAAAUUGAGUAUGCCCAGAAAAUUUCAAAACAAUGUUGGAUAUUUGUUUUUAAAUGAAUGUCAGUCAGUGAUUUUUAGGGGAGUUUAUAAUGUCUUUAUUGAAUGAUAUGCUUGCCAAUCAAAAUAAUUUGUUUGUUAAUUUUAUACGUUUAUUGCUAUGUUGAUUAUUUUAUUAAAUUUAUUUGCUGUUACAGG